CGUCACUAGUGAGGUUAACAUGACACUAUUACAAGUGCCUACUCGGAUCCCUGGAUUAUGGCAAUCAAAAUUUUAGAAUUGCCACGUUUUUAGGUUAGUAGAAAAAAAACAAUUGAAAUUGGAAAAGAAAAAUUCAACAAAAUGGACGUUGCAACACUUUGGCGCUUGCAGCAGGCGCAUCAGCGGCAACGUAACGAGUGGGACAGGAUUGGUAGACGCCUCAAGCGGCUGACGGGCAAGAGGUCCAGCGACUUGCUCAUCCACGAUCCGCUCCUGCUGCCACCGUUCGCCGCCCAUCCUGGACAACGGAUGAGCGGUGGCGGUCAGCUGGCGCCGAAGCCGUUGCCGAUGGCCAGAAAGCAGACAACGCAGAUGAGACGCAAUCAUCAGAGUAAAUUGGUUAAGUUCCCAGCGCCCAAUAAUAACCCCUUGGAUCUGCUUGUCGUGGGUCAACGGCUGCAAAUGCAUCGUCCACCUGGACGACGCCAAGUGCAGCUCCACAGUCCCAUGUCCUCUCAGCCCCGCCAGCAUGUCGAAGAGUACGUCUAUUUCUACCCGGUCCACUACCAUGAGGCGGACCACUGGCCACCACACGGUCAGCGGGAACCAAAUCUUGUGAUGGAUGCACGAUUUGUGGCCGAGCUACUCGAUGAGCUGCUGAUGACUGCAGGCAACCGUAUUUGAUUUGUGCUUCGUUCAAAUAAAAAAGAAACAUUGCGAGAAACCGUUACCUACCUUUCGUAAAAACGAUAUAUGAUUUCAUUUAAA